UGUGUGAGUGUGUUUUUACCCCCUCCCAGUGCUCAACUGAGGCCGGGUUCUUCCAUCCAACCAUAAUUCUGACAUUUAACUCCGGAAACACAAAUGUAAGCUCAACUGCGUUACAGCCGAAAGUGAGACUAAACGGUGAAACGUUUAAUCAGCUGUCGUACAGCGGUUGGAUCUGACCACAAUGUCACGGGUGUUGAAGAAGAGGCAAGCGGACCCCAAAGUGGUUCAAUAUGUCUGGUCAGCCAUCGAAGUCAUUCGCAAUCAGAAACAGAUCGCAAACAUGGACAGAAUCUCAAAAUAUUUGAGUCGUGUGUAUGGGAUGCACCCUAAAGACACAGCCAGGCAGUUAGUCCUGGCAGUGAAAGACGGGCUGGUGGUGGAGACCCUCACGGUGGGCUGCAAAGGCUCCAAGGCCGGGAUCGAGCAGGAGGGAUACUGGCUACCAGGCGAUGAGAUGGAGCAGAUGUCAGAGGGAAGCAAGGUAUGUUCACAUCCAGAUGCUGACUGGGAGGCAGAAAGUCAUGACUGGUACUGCUUUGAGUGUCAUCUACCUGGAGACGUGAUGGAGUGUGAUGGCUGUUUCCGUGUCUACCACCUCCGGUGUGUGUCUGAAGACCACCGGCCACGGGACACCACCUCCCACUGGCAGUGCGGCAUCUGCAGGCUUGUUAUGCAGAGACAGCUAAAAGGCAGUAAAAGGAAGAAUUUGAACAAACAGGAAAUGACAACAUACCUAAAGUUCAUUCUUGGCCGCAUGAAGGAAAGGGCUGUUGACCUGCACAAGAGAGGCAAAGAGUCCAAGCAGCCCGUGUACAGAAGACUCAUCCACACACCUCUGGAUGUGGAAAAAAUACAAGAGAACAUCUCAGAGGGAAAAUAUAAGAGUUUUGAGGAGUUCAGGGCUGAUGCGCAGCUUAUAGUUCACAACACAGCCAUUCUGCAUGGAGUAAACAGCGAUCAGACUGAAAUUGCCAGACUCCUCUAUAACGACACAUGCCAUGAGCUAAACGAGUUACUGUUGUGCAGAAACUGCUUCUAUCUCUCAAAUGCACGACCCGAAAACUGGUUCUGUUUUGCAUGUAGUCCGAAUCACGAGCUGGUGUGGGCCAGGAUGAAGGGUUUUGGUUACUGGCCUGCCAAGGUGAUGCAGAGGGAGGGUAACCAGGUGGAUGUUCGGUUCUUUGGUCACCAGCACCAAAGGGCAUGGAUUCCCUCCGACAACAUCCAGGAGAUAUCCGUGAGCGUGCAGCAGCUGCAGGUAAAGCGGAGCACCGGGUGGAAGAAGGCCUGUGAUGAGCUGGAGCUCCACCAGCGAUUCCUGAGGGAAGGACGCACCUGGAAGGGCAAGCCUGAAGAGAAGCACGAACAGUUAGAGAGGCACGACAGACAGGAAGAGAGACAGGAGGAGGCGGAGUCCAGCAUCUCUUCCACAUCCAAUGAGCAGUCGAAAGUCAACCAAGAGCCCAAAGCGAAAAAGAGCCGCCGUUCACAAGUCACUGAGCCCAGAGAAGAGGAACCUGAGCCUGAGAUGGAGGCCGUCAGCUCCAGUCAAGAGAUCCCAACAGCUGUUCCCCAUCAGCCAGAGCGGAUGUCCGUCUCCACCCAGACCAAGAAAUCUGCCUCACCUCCCUCCUCUUCCUCACCAGCCACCCGCAUGGUACCCCGAGGCACACAGACAGUCAAUGAGGGCAACUGUCAAAACAUGUGCCAUGACAAAUACACCAAGAUCUUCAGUGAUGUUAAAGAAAUGAUGAAGGCCGAGAACAAACGGGAGACUGAACGUGUUCUGAAAGAGGCUUUGGACAAGUUGCGAGGGGAGAUGGAGGAAGAGAAGAGGCAGGCGGUGAGCAAAGCGGUGUCCGGCACACAGGCUGAGAUGGAGAGAAAGUGUAAACAGGUGAAGGAGAAGUGCAGAGAGGAGCUCAUGGAGGAGAUGAAAAAGAUGGUGGCUCAGCAUAAACAACUGAUUUCACAGACCAAGAAGAAGCAGUGGUGUUAUAACUGUGAAGAGGAGGCUAUGUACCACUGCUGCUGGAACACGUCGUACUGCUCCAUCAAAUGUCAGCAGGAGCAUUGGCACGCCGACCACAAACGUACCUGUCGCCGGAAGAGAUGAGCUGCACUGACUACGCCAACCCUCUCGACUCCACCCAUCCACAAGCCACGCUAUUGGAUAGAUCUAUCUUAAAUGCUCACCACCUUGCCCCUGCUGAUGGAUUCCUGAUUUUAAGGAAGCAUUCUAAACCCCAGCUCCCUAGAACACUUUUACUGGGGCAUUUUACUGAGUUGUGGUGAACGCCAACAGGGCAGUGAUUGCAGGAUUUCAUGAUCCUCCUGGAAAUGGUUUUAUGUUUUGGUUUUAAUGGUAUGACUUUGCAUAUUCUUUUUGUUUUUAACCAUUUUAUUUGCCGUACAAUGGAAAACAUACAGACUAGCUGAAAUGUGAAGUACUAGUACUCUUUUUAAACCUGACUUAAUCACGAGCUAUGUAGAUAUUUGACUUUUUUUAAUGAGCGAAUCAUGUCGUCCGCCACCUACAUUUGAGUGAAGUUGGUGCUUUUGAACUCAAUUGUUGGUUUUUAUCAGUGGUUGUAAUGUGUCAAUAUUUUGGGAACAGGGUUUAAAGAUGGCAAGUCACAUCUGUCUGAAUGAUACAAUCUUCCAUUAAUAAAUAUGCACAUUUCAAGGUUUUUUCAUUUGUAAUGAGAAAACUAAAUGAUGUGCUAAUUUUUGGUCCAUUUCUGUAGAUUAAGUGUACUACAUCUUUGCCAAGUGUGAUCUUUGAUGAGGUUUAUACAUUACGUUUGUAACUCAUCCCAGAUUUAGUGUGAGCAUAUUUGCUUGUACAGUGUUGUGAAAAAGUAUUUGCCCCAUCCUGAUUUCUUCUGUUUUUGUCUGUCUCAUACCAAAUUGUUUCAAAAAUUCAAACAAAAUCUAACAUAAAACAAAGGCAGUCUGUUUAAACACAAAAUACAGUUUUUAAAUGAUAAAGUUAUUUAUUGAAGCAAAAAAGUUAUCCAAUACCAACUGGGACUGUUACUAAAUCCCCAAAUCUACGAAACUGCAUUCAUAAUGGGGUUCAGCUGGACUAGACACACCCAGGCCUGAUUACUGCCAGCCCUGUUCAAUCAAAUCAACACCUAAACAGAACUUUUUCAGCAGCAUGAAGUUGGCUAAAAGGUCUCACCCAGUAGCACACUAUGCCAUGGUCGAAAGAAAUUUCAGAAAUGAUGAGAAAAAAGGUGAUUGAAACACAUCAGUCUGGGAAGGGUUACUAAGCUAUUUCAAAGGCUCUGGGACUCAAAAGAACCACAGUGAGAGCCAUUAUCUCCAAAUGGAGAAAACUUGGCACAGUAGUGAACCUUCCCAGGAGUGGAUGACUUUCCAAAACUCCUCCAAGAGCACAGCAACGACUCAGCCAGGAAGUCACAAAAAAGCCAAGGACAACAUCCAAGGAACUGCAGGCCUCUCUCGCAUCAAUAAUGGUCAUUGUUCAUGACUCCACUAUCAUACUGGUCAAAAAUGCCACCCACGGAAGAGUGGCGAAGCGAAAACCACUGCUAACCCAGAAGAACCUUAAGGCUCGCCUGAAUUUUGCCAAAAACACAUCUUGAUGAUCCUCAAAGCUUUUGGGAGAAUGCUCUGUGGACUGAGUCGAAAGUGGAGCUGUUUGGAAGACAGGGGUCCCAUUACAUCUGGUGUAAAUCAAACACAGAAUUUCACGGUCAAGAGUGGUGGUGGUAGUGUGAUGGUGUGGGGAUGAUUUGCUGCUUCAGGGCCAGGGCGACUUGAAAUAAUUGAGGGAAACAUGAAUUCUGCUCUCUACCAGAAAAUCCUAAAGGAGAACGUCCAGUCAUCAGUCUGUGAGUUGAAGCUCAAGCGCAACUGGAUUAUGCAGCAAGACAGUGAUCCAAAGCAUAGGAGUAAGUCUACCUCUGAAUGGACCAAUAGAAGCCAAAUUAAAGUUUUGGAGUGGCCUAGUCAAAGUCCUGUCUUGAACCUGAUUGAGAUGCUGUGGCAGGACCUUAAACGGGCAGUUCAUGCUCGAAAAACCUCCAGUGUGGCUGAACUAAAGCAGUUCUGCAAAGAAGAGUGGGCCAAAAUUCCACCACAGCAUUGUGAAAGACGGAAGUGUUUGGUUGCAGUUGUUGCUGCUAAAGGUGGCGUGACCAGCUAUUAAGUUUAAGGGGGCAGUUCAUUUUUCACAUUUUUUUCACACAAAAAAAAAAAAAAAAAAAAUAUAUAUAUAUAUAUAUAUAUAUAUAUAUAUAUAUAUAUAUAUAUAUGAAAACUGUAUUUUGUGUAUACUCAGGUUGCCUUUGUUUUAUGGUAUAACUCGUUUGAAGAUCUAAAACAAUUUAGAAUGAAAAAUACACAAAAAUAGAAAUCAGAAAUCUUUUUCAUAGCACUGUACGAACCACUACCACCAAGUCCUUCCAGACGGAAAGAACAUUAUUUGUUAAUUCCAGAUGUCAAGAUCCCUUUUUAUUGCAAUGAAGAACUAAGUCUGUACAGAGAUCAGAGUAAAUUAAACAAUCAGAAAUUAUCACUAAGGGGUUACCCAGGGUUUUAUUAUAGAGAAUGACCAUUCGUGGCCUUCUUCUGCACUUUGUGACCUGAGGGAAGAGUUAAAGGGAUAAUUCACCCAAAAAUAAAUUGACUUACUUACUUCUUUGGAACACAAACGAUGCCCAAAUGCGUCAUGUUAUUAAAGUCAAAUGGGUUUGGAACAAUACGAGGUCAAGUUAAAGAUGCCAGAAUAUUCCUUUUUGGGUGAACUGUCCCUUUAAAUCGUUAAAAUACUUAUUGCAAUAACAAUUUUUUUAGUACAAAUGACGUAAGAUCUAUCUAUAGAGAGUUUUUGAGGAGGUGAUUUGUCUAUUUAGAACAGGAGAACCAAUCAGCUGAAGGAUAUAAGCGACAUGAGGUCCUUUAAUGUGUUUUGAAGUUCUACAAGCGUUAUAAAUCAUUAACCGCCCCCCCACACUCUCUCUUCCCCCUCCCAACCCAGCUGUUGCACUACAUGUAAAUAACUAUUUGCCGCUAACCGUGACUGAUGACGUUUGCAUAUGUACAUUUCAUGAACACAUUAACUAUGUAUUUGAUAAAAAGUCGAUCUGUAAAGGAAAAAAAAAUUGUGACAAGACGGUAAUAUGUUCCAUUCCAGUGUGCAUGAAACCAGGUUGUAUGUACCUUAUUUUUGCCUCUUCGAUAAUCUCCAUUCUUGCGUAUCAUCGGUGAUAUAGUACGUCUACUUAUGAUUUUCUAGUGUAAUUCAACACCACUUUGUAAUUGCAAGUUAACCCUUUUUUAAAAUGUAUUUUUUAACUUCUAUUUAUGCGGACAGAGUAAUGACUACUGAGAAUUUCCGACACCCGGCUAUACGAACACCUGUCUUUCAUGGUCAUACCAAUUAAAGUGGUGUAAGCGUUUCCGCCCUCUGACAUCACUGAUGUCCCUCUUGCAUUACAUUAUGUAACAGUACAGUGUAUAAAUAAACAUAUCAAACGGU